UCAUGACUUGACAUUUGUUUAUCAAAUCGAUACGCAGUAAAUUCGUCAACAAAGCGUAAAUUAAUGGGUAUUUUAUUUUGUUACUUGUUAGUCUCGAAAGUGCAAACAUCGAAAGAGGUCUUAAAUAAUUAAAUGCGCGUGUUAAAAAUGACAAACACACUUGCUGUUUGUCUCCUCUCUGUAACAUUUUUGUGUUGCACAGGUUUGUCUACAGCUAGACAGGCCCCAAAGGAAUGUUCAAAGGGACCUACAUAUUGGUGUCAAAGCCUAAAGAGCGCGGCUGACUGCGGCGCGGUGGGACAUUGCAUCGGCACCGUGUGGGAGCAGCAGAGCGAUGACGUCAGACGCAACGAUGUGUCCGACAAGUUCGUUCACCUCUUCAGAGAUUUGAAGGAUGUGAAGGACAUGAUCAACGAUGAAUACCUGGAGUCGCGUAUCCUGUCGGCUUGCCGCGACAUCUCCAACGAAGCCAUCUACCGCUCGUGCAAGGACAACGCGGCCGACCUCGGCCAGUACUUCGGACAUGUGCUGAAGUCCUCCACGUCGGCUGAAACCAUGUGCCAAAUCAUGGGCAUGUGUAAUAACGACAAAUUGGAUAACAUGCUAAAGACCAAGAAGACUGAUAAACCUGUCCGGCAUAAAACCAUUCUCGUGGGUACUAAUCAUUGCACGUGGGGCCCUUCGUAUUGGUGCAGUAAUUUCACUACGGGUCGAGAGUGCAAAAGAACUUCACACUGCUUGCAAAAAAUAUGGCCCAAAAUGACGGUGCCGAAGGACGACGACGCUGUGUGCAGUAUUUGCAAGGACUUGGUGACGGAGGCUCGCAACCAACUUCGCAGCAAUGUCACUGUGGAAGAACUGAAAGAACUCUUCGAAGAUGGCUGCAAGCUGAUACCGUUCAAGAGUGUGACGGAGGACUGCGUGAAAGUCGCCGACGAGUUCGCGCCCGAGCUGGUGGAGGUGCUCGCGGCGGAGAUGUCCUCGGGCGCCGUGUGCUCCGUCGUGGGGCUCUGCAACAACGCCAACAUCGACAGGAUCAUCGAGGAACAUAAAACGAAAGACGAGCCCGCCAAGCAAAAACCGAAACUGGUGGGUGCUGCUAAAUGUACAUGGGGACCUUCAUAUUGGUGCAGUAACUUCAGCACGGUCCGAGAAUGCAAAGCCACUCCGCACUGCGUGCAAAGAGUGUGGUCCAAGAUGUCGGUGCCUAAAGACGAUGACGGCAUCUGCAAGAUUUGCAAGGACAUGGUGACCCAGGCCCGCGACCAGCUGCAGAGCAAUGAGACCCAGGAAGAACUGAAAGAAGUGUUCGAAGGAAGCUGCGAGCUCAUCCCCAUCAAGAUAGUGAAGAAGGAAUGCAUGAAGCUGGCGGACGACUUCGUGCCCGAGCUGGUGGAGACGCUGGCGUCGCAGAUGAACCCCGACGCGGUGUGCUCGGUCGCCGGCCUGUGCAACAAUGCGCACAUAGACAAACUUAUUGAGGAAUAUAACGCAACUUUAAAACUUCACGAAGGUUGCACUAACUGCAGGAGAUCGGUUGGCAUUGCGAGGAAGAGAUUCGACGAAACUCAAUAUGACGAUUUCCUCUACGGACUGCUCAAUGUGUGUCAAAACAUGGGUUCUCUAUCCGACUCGUGCUCGAUGCUCAUGUUCAAGUACUACGAGAACAUUCUAGAAGCCGUGAAGAAGGACUUCACCCCGAACUCUGUGUGUCACCUGAGCGGACAGUGCUCGUACAGAUACCAUUCGCACGAUCUGUAUACCUUCCCUGAUGAAACCAAGGAUCUGAAGGCCUCUGACGACAUCCCGUGCGAGUUUUGCGAACAAAUUAUCAAACACAUGCGCGAUACUCUAGUCGCUAAUACGUCAGAAAUUGAAUUCCACAAAGUGCUAGUUGGUCUAUGCAAACAAACCGGUAGCUUCAAAUCGGAGUGUCUCCAACUGGUGGAACAGUAUCACUCGACCAUUUACUACUUCCUCGUGUCGGAGCUAAAGCCGGAUCAGCUUUGCAGCUACAUCGGCAUAUGCCACGAUAAGCCCAACACGCCCAUUGCGCCGCUGCUGCCCAGAGAACUGACUGUGAAGGCUUUCACUAACACCGGCAAACUGAUCGGCCACGACGAGGCCAAGAGUUACGCAACCUCAAAGCCUACCGAAGACACGAAGAAACAAGGCAACGUGCAAAUAAUCGGCGAGAAGUCGACGGUUCCGCCGCCUCUGCCCAUCGAGAGGAUGUUCGUGGCGCUUCCGGUGCAGAACAGCUACUGCACCUUCUGUCAGUACUUCCUGCACUACUUACAGGUGGAGCUGAGCAAGGAUGACACCGAGGAGGCGAUAACUAAGCUGGUAGAAGGAGCGUGCGACGUGCUUCCCAAACAGCUAGACAACGACUGCCGCCAGUUCGUGACGCAGUACGGGCCUAACGUCAUCGCGCUGCUGGUGCGCGAGGUGGAUCCCUCCAGCGUCUGCCCAGACAUCGGCCUGUGCCCCAAGUCUGAGGAGGUGCACGAUGUGGCUAUCAACUCUGAGAAGUCCAACUGUCCGCUCUGCCUCUUUGCUGUGCAGCAACUGGAGAUUGUCCUUAAAAACAACCACAGUGAGGAAAACAUACGCCACGCUCUCGACGGCCUGUGCAACCACCUGUCCGCCAAAAUGCGCACCGAAUGCGUAGACUUUGUCGACACCUACACCAACCAGCUGAUCGAGAUGAUCAUAGCUGACCUCAGCCCCAUGGAGAUAUGCGUCUACCUCAAACUGUGCAGAGACAACAGCAAGCAUACCGACCCCAUGAAGAUCACCCACCCGUCUAUUGAUGAUUAUCACCGGAAACCGCACCUCAGGGGAGACAGGAACCAUAGAAGGGGACCGAUGCUUCCUAAGCAUAUGCUGGAGUCGUCCGCUGGUGGUGAUAUUGAAACGAACGAGAUCCCCGACCACACUCGCAAUGGUCGGCCCGUGGACAACGCGCCCAAGUCCCUGUGCGUGCUGUGCCAGUUCGUGCUCAAGGAGAUCGACGAUGAGAUCAAGGACAAACAUAAUGACGAUGAAAUAAAGAAGGUAGUCCAUGGCAUUUGCAAGCGCAUGCCCAAGUCGGUGAAGCCCGAGUGCGACCAGUUCGUGGAGAAGUACGCCGACCUGGUCAUCAGUCUGCUGGCGCAAGAGCUCAACCCUGACGAGGUCUGCCAGGAGCUGAAGCUGUGCGACCCCAACUUUAGCGCGUUUAGAGAAGAGAUCCUGGACUGCGCGGUGUGCGAGACAGUGGUGAUGGCGCUCAAGAAGGUGCUGGCCAACGACAAGGUGGACCGCAACAUCGUGCACAUCGUGGAGAAGGCUUGCAACGCGCUGCCCGCCAAGUACUACGACAGGUGUCACACUAUGCUGGAAGUGUACGGCGAUAGCGUCAUCCACAUGAUCGAAGACUUCGGAACUAAAGGCGUGUGCCAGAAGAUCGGGCUCUGCUCCAGCAGCGACGCGGCCUUCGUGCGCAUGUACCGAGGCCGCAACUAGUGGUACAUAAUAUCAUCUGCAAUACAAGGAAGCAGUAAACGUAAUCUCUAUUUACUUAAGUCAUGUUAUUUUUUUACCAAAUGUUUGUUGUAGUUCUCAUUUAAAUGAUUUUUUUCAAUCAAAACAUUGUGACUAUUUUAAGUUAAUUCUGGCUGGUAAGUGUUAAUUUUUAAGAUUUUUCCACCCCAGUUGGCUAUGGCUAUAAGUUUUCUUUCUUACAUAAUAUUUUAAUGAUAAUUAUAUUACAUUGUAGUAAAUUUUAGUUUUAGUUAUAAAAUCGGUUAAAAAUUAAACUUCAUACGUAAUAAUGGUUUCAUAAUUAUUAUUGUUCCGCUCAUGUUUUUUACACGUUAGCCUGUGAUAAAUAAAUCUUUUGUAUCUAUAUUAUGCUAAUAAAUUGGGGGAGAAAUAA